AUUUGGUAAUGGGCUUUGGCUUUACCAGAGAAAUCUAAGGAUGACGUCGAAAUCUUGCAUCACGUGAUUAAAAGUGGGCGGGCCCGAGAGCCGUUUCCGGAAACAUGGAGGCUGUAUUGAGUGAUGUGGUAGCACCAGAAGACCUCAUAAAAUUUGAGAAGAAGUACAAAAGUGAGCUGGCGAAGGGAGCCGUCUCCAGAGAUACGAAGUUUGAAUAUGCCUGGUGUUUGAUCAGGAGUAAAUACUCAGAAGACAUCAAGAAGGGCAUUGUGCUCCUGGAGGAGCUCGUUCAGAAAGCAUCAAAGGACGACUCCCGGGACUUUUUGUUCUACCUUGCAGUGGCCAAUUACAGACUCAAAGAAUAUGAGAAAGCCCUGAAGUACAUCCGGACUCUUCUGAAGAACGAGCCCGGGAACAAGCAGGCUCUGGAGCUGGAGAAGCUCAUCGACAAAGCUUUAAAGAAAGACGGCUUGGUUGGCAUGGCGAUCGUCGGGGGAAUCGGACUCGGCGUGGCCGGUUUGGCGGGCCUCAUCGGGCUCGCCGUGUCAAAGGGGGCCGCCAAAUCCUAACCCGGACGUGUCUUCAUUUUGCUGGACUUAUAUUCACUUACAUGCAUAAAAGAACAAUUACAAGUUUUGUGUUGGAAGCUUGACGGGUGUAUAAUUUUGGCUUGAGGCUGAAUAUGUGCUGCAGCAUAUUAAAGGGUUUGAAUAAUGCCAGUGAAUAAACCAUUUUCAUACUGAUAGAAAGUCACCGCAUAUGUAACAUUACCGUCUGUUCACAUGUUAUAGCAUCGCACUUGCUCUUUACUUGUAUAAAUAAACUAUAAUAGACAAGUUGCAGUUUAAUUUUAUGUAAGUUCAUAUCACAUUCUAAGUUACAUUUUGUAAAAUAUGUUUCUAAAAUAGCGGAUGUGGUUGAUGAGGGGCUGUUAAAGAAGUUCACUAUGAAGUUCUGAUUGUAUGUGCCAAGAGGAGUAUUUGUGGAGUCGUUCGUUGGCGAUGUUUAAAUUAACUGAGGACUUGCAGGUUUUAAGACUUCAAGGGUUGCACUUAAUGAAAACUACAUACAACUUCCAUGUGUGAAAUACUUUACCUUACAUUUGCCCCGUGCUAAACUUUAAGGAGUUUUGAUUUCCGCCUUGGUUAAUAAAAUGAUUUGUGAUUGA